CUCACGAGGCAACGCUGGUCGGCAACACCCGAGCGGCAGGAGCGUCAGUUGUGAAUCAACCGCCAAGCAGUUCACUACACGUCUUGCGCACGCAGCAAACCCCCAGUGAAAAUGGCCAAGAUUGAAGGAAAGUUCAAGAUGGAGAGCUCCGAGAACUUUGACGAGUUCAUGAAGGCUCUGGGUGUUGGCUUGGUGAUGCGCAAGAUGGGUAACGCUGCGACCCCCACCGUCGAGAUCACCAAGGACGGCGAUACCUACACAAUGAAGACGACCACCACUUUCAAGACCACAGAGAUCAAGUUCAAGUUGGGGGAGGAAUUUGAAGAGACCACAGCUGAUGGCCGCGUUGUAAAGUCAACCAUUACUUUGGAUGGCAAUAAGCUAGUUCACAAGCAAGUUGGAGACAAGGAGAAGAAAGAGAAGGAUUCUGAGCUUCUCCGAGAAUUCACCGACGACAAGAUGUUAAUGGAGUGCAAGGUUGAUGACGUUGUCUGCAAGCGAGUUUACUCUCGUUUAGAAUAAAUCCAGCAAGUUAUCUGCACCCAAGUAUGGAAAGUGGUUACUUUAAAUCUUAAGGACCACACUAUAAUUGAAGAUAAAAUUAUAAUUUCUAUGUCAAAAUAAAUUGAAUUGUAAACUUUCCAAAAGAUAGGUUUUGCAUUUUUUACAUUCAUCGUAAGCAGAUGUAGCAUUUUAUGGAAAGGCUGGUUCCCUAAGGAAGUAACCACAUUAUCCUAUUCACAUCCCAUUUGGUUUGCUCAAACUGUUUUGCAGGCUUCAUUAUUCUUCACUGUUCUCUUCAAAUUGUAAGAAAAAAUUCAGUUGAUGUGUUUUGUGGUUAUGCUCUAACCAAAGAAGGAAAAAACCCUAAGUACAGUUUAUGGUAAGAGUUACCAAGAUUUUUUUUCCAUUUAAACAAGUUUACUUGGAUGAAUGGCAAAAUGCAAGUGAGAGAUUAACAUUUAUAUCUCUUAGUCAUUUUGUAAACUUUAUAUAUUAAAUUGAAACAAAUUUA